UUGUGAUCUUCACUGGUGUCCAUGGAUUACAUGAAAUCCUCUUCACCUUUGUCCUGUAGGGAUAACAUAUCAAUGUAAGGGUAGGGUCAUUUUGACCCCACAAGACAGCACAAUGGUUAAUUCACAGCCCAGCUGCUCAGUUUUUUCCCAGGUAUUUUUGACCCGUUUCCUGUCCCUGAUUCCAGUUUAGUCCGUCUCCCUGGUGUUUUGGUCGGCCUUAUUGGCUUCAGAAUCUUAGACUUCAGAUUUGUUUACCUUCUCUUGUGGACCAUCUUCAACCAGGCAUUGGAUCUCCAUUGCUGCUCUUCCUCCUCCCUCCUCUGAGUUGCUGAGGAGGCUGACCUCUUCUUACUCCCUUUUCCACUGAGAUCUCCGUCUCCUAACAGUGUUCUCAGCAUAAGAGGGGUCAGGGUGAUCUUAAAACUGGACUUUUUUUUUUAAUGGUUUCAGGUUCCCCCUAUUCAACUGGUGGUGCAGAGAACUGUUCACUCCUUCGUCUCAAACAUAUCUGUUCAUUCCUCUAUCAGAACAUUACCAUUGUAAGACAGCAGGGCCACAAUCAGAGUGUUAAUGGGACGGACUGUGAAGCUUUGGGCCUUAAAGGAAGGUAGAAAAGUGCUAAACCAGAAGACUUCCUUCCAUGUCUAUCUGAAGUGAGAGCAAACAUCCACUUCCUCUCAAAUGAGUCUCUCCAGUUAUACAUCAAAAUGUUUAUAGUGUCUAUAGCAGUAGCAUACUUAUCCGACUGAAGUAACAGAAACUCCGACUGUUUUAUUUUAAUUUGAGGAUAUCCAUCUUCAGAACUUGUGAAUCCCUAUCAGGGUCACAUGGUUGCUGGAGCCUAUCCCAGACGGGCUCACCCGUCUGUCACAGGGCCACACACUCACAUGCACACCUAGGGGCAAUUCAGAGACACCAAUGAACCCAUGAAGCAUGUUUUUGGACUCUUUUGGAGAAAACCAACGCCUGCACGAGGAGAACAUGCAAACUCUGGGCAGAAAGGAUUUAAACCAGAGCCUUCUCCCUGCCAGAGUGCUAACCACUACACCACAUAAGCACUAUAAAAUAUCAUAAAUUUCAUCUCAGCUUCAAUCUGUAUUGAGGGGAAAGUUGGUUUCAAAUAAGUUUAGGAGAAAUUAAAAGAGGAAACGUGUGUCUGAUCAUAAUCCACCCAUUAGUCAGCAUGAAAUCCCACUUUUCUAAUGAAUUAAUUGAUUAGUUAAAUUAAGUCGAUUUGAAGAGAACGUGGAUCCCAAAGCAGCUGAAACUAACACAAUUCCUGUUUCUUUGUGUUGUUGUUUUGUGUUUGUUGUUGUGUUCUGUGGGGAAAUGCCAUCAGCAGCACAGAGUCACCGCGAGGCUGAGGCGGGAACCCAGUCUGGGAUGUUAAAGCGCCACUGCUGAAUUUAUGGCUCUCAUCAUUGGUGCUCAUGGAGCGGCGUUACGGGCGGAGCGGGUGGGGCCUGGCUGGGAACCGGGGAGGCAGACGGCGCUCGCUGACCGGAGACUCCUCUGUUUUUGAGUCCGGGAGCCGGAAACCAGACCGCAUGUCUGACCCGGGGCCGGCCUGCCGCCGCCGGGAGCGAACCGCAGUCGUUUGUCCGAUCAUUCACACAUGGAUGCUGCCCGGUGGUAGGAGAGCGGGAGGGGGGAGGGAGGGAGUCGCCUCCGAUCCUUUUUGCGCUCGCAGACCGCGCGCGCGGCAGCAGCGGUUUGGCCCUUUCUUUAUCACCGGAGCCACAUCCCCGCGGUGAGCUAUGUGAACGCAGAUCGACGCUAAUCCGGAUCCGCUGUCGAAUAAUUAUGAACAACGCGCAAGAUAUGUCGCCCGACUUUGUGUUGAUGCGCCUGGUUUCCGCGGCCGAGGACGACCGCUUGGACGCAGAAAACGGGAAUGUGCCGCCGGGAGGAGUCGUGUCGGGGCUGGGGAAGGAGGUCCUGGCUCACAGCGGCGUCAAGGCGGGCUUGGACAUCGGCCGAGACCCCGCGGGCCUCGAGCAUCCCAGCGGAUUCCUGAACAAAGCUCCGCCGAGCGGCGACGGCACGGCUGCACCUGACGCCGGGGGCACGGAGGGCCGAGCCCCGCUGUCCGCGGCUCCUCCUCAGCAGAGCUCCGUGGAGGCCCAGGGCUUCGACUUCGCCCCCAGCUCCGGCCUGCGGCCUCAGCUGCUCGUUUUCUCCAACAUCAUUCGGAACGGGGAGGGCAUUUUGGAGCUGAAUCCGCCGCGGGAUGCGCUGGAGCAGAGCGCGGGCUCCGGCCCGGCCGCCAACAACAACCCCCGCAGCCUGACGGACGCGCAGCAGCGGCAGCAGGACCCGCAGGACCCCGGAUGGAGAGCCCCGCCGCCGCUCUCCGUUCCGGCCGAGGGACCGGGAGCCACGGAGCUGUGCCGCCGGCAUCGGCUCCUCGCCUCCCCGCCGGAGUGGCCCGUUCUGUCGGACAGGUCCACCCCGCUCACCGUGGUGAGCUCCGCGUGGGGAUGCGGCGCGGCGGACCGGGACGGGGCCGUGUUCGAGCUGGCGCGGAGGUUCGGGGAGCUGGGAGUCGGCGCGGUCCCCAAGAUGCUGUUCAAGGCGGGGGAGCUCCCGCAGUGCUCGUGUCAGGGCGCGCACAGGUCGGGGGCGGCGGGGGUGCCGCCCGGAGACGACCCCACGGAGACCAGCGAUGCCCUGCUGGUGCUGGAGGGGCUGGGCAGCGGGGACGGGCUGGGCAUGGACGGCUGCCCGGAGGACCAGGCGGAGGACGAGGACGGACGCCGAGACUUUCUCCUCCACCGGAAGCGCGAGGUGGUCCAGAAGAUGACCGGAGCCUUCUCCAUCAGCAGCUUCCAGGUGGAGCUGAGGAGGCAGGUGGAGGAGCCCGCCCCGGAGGCGGGGGCGGCGGCUCAGGUGUGCGCGGCGCACCACCCCGCCCCCGUCCGGACCCCCCCCUGGGCCGCGAGCCCGAACCCGAGCCAGGCGUCGACGCCGGGCAGGCGGCCCGAGCGGUGCGCCAGCGCGCCGCGGACUCCGACGCUGAAAGUCCCGGGGAAGUCCAAAAAGGGCUCGCUGAAGCUGCGGCUCAGUAAACUGUUCCGGACUAAGAGCUGCAGCGGCUCCAGCCACCUCCUGGACAAGAGGCCGUCCGUGGCCUACUCGGUGUCCUCCGCUGGGAGUCUGGUGGACAUGGCGGGUUCCCCCUGCGGAGAGCACGACCCAGACAGCCACAUCCAUCCCAGACUGACCAGGGCCCAAAGUGCCUUCAACCCUGCCUCCCUCUCAGCCUCCCUCUCUGCUUUCACCGGUGAGACCGUUUCUUUGGUGGACGUGGAUAUUUCUCGGCGAGGGACGAUCACGCCACACCCUCCGACUCCUCCCCCUCCUCCACGCCGAAGUCUCAGCCUGUUGGACGACAUAGCCGGGCCUCAGCCCGGCUCCUUCUUAGUGAGCGUCAUGGGCGCCUCCCUGCAGUCCCUCCCCUUGCCUCUCCCGCCUCCCCCUCCUCCCUCCCACGCCACCAUCCAGCACAGCCUCAGUCUCAAUGACGCUUUCCUGCGAGCCCUCCCUCAUUCCAACCCGUCGCCUGCUGACGCUCCACUUCCCGCCAGACAGGCUCCGCCUCCCGUCCUCUGUGCGCUGCGGCGGUCUGAAGCCAGCAACUUCACUGCCAGUCUAAGAGAGCUGGAAAAGUGCGGCUGGUACUGGGGUCCAAUGAACUGGGAGGACGCCGAGAUGAAGCUGAAGGGGAAACCGGACGGGUCCUUUCUGGUCCGGGACAGUUCAGACCCAAGAUACAUCCUGAGCCUCAGCUUCAGGUCGCAGGGAGUCACACAUCACACUCGCAUGGAGCACUACAGAGGGACCUUCAGUUUGUGGUGCCACCCGAAGUUCGAGGACCGCUGCCACUCCGUGGUGGAGUUCAUCGAGAGAGCCAUCAUGCACUCCAAGAACGGCAAAUUCCUCUACUUCCUGCGCUCACGAGUCCCAGGGCUUCCACCCACUCCGGUCCAGCUGCUGUAUCCCGUGUCUCGCUUCAGCAACGUGAAGUCGCUGCAGCACCUCUGCCGCUUCUGCAUCCGACAGAUCGUCCGCAUCGACCACAUCCAGGAGCUUCCACUGCCCAGACCCCUUAUCUCUUACCUGAGUAAGUUUUAUUACUACGACCCGGAGGAGGAGAUGUACCUGUCCAUCAAGAGCAUCCGUGGGGUGGUGGGGGCAGAGCAGGAGGCGGAGCCUCAGACGUAGCAGCGGAGAUCGCCUCAGCAUCAAGUUUCACACGGGGGGCAGAUCUGUUGGGGUCUGCCGCUGUUCCAGCAUCAGCCAAUCAGGGAGCGUUUCCUGUUGGACUGGGAUGGAGCUCCUCUGUGCUGAUUUGGACUCCUCAGAGGAGAGCUGUGUGUUUGCUGUUUGACGCUAACGCUGCUGCUGCUGCUGCUGCUGAUGCAGAGGACUCACGCCGAGGAGCGCCUGCAGAGACGUCCUCACCCAAAAGAAAGACUCGGAGCCCGAAUCACAAACUCAACUUUCCUAUUUCCUGCUGGACUUCUAAAACACAACAUGCUGGUCAGUUUGUACAACCGUUGUUUGCCAACAUUUGUUUGUUUUUCCUUCCAUUUUGUCAUAUUGGAGGACUUUGGAUUGCAAGAUGUCUGCAGCACAGAUAUACACCCAGAGGCGGCGAACUGCACUGAACGCAGAACCCCAGAAUCUGAAUUUUACAAGCAAAAACAUGUUUGUUUUGUAUUGAAGACAUUGAUGUGCAAAAGUUAGGAUCCUUUAAAUGUGUUUGUGCAAAAACUGCAGAUAAUUGACUUAUACAUUAUAUAGAGUUUAAAAAUCAAACAGGUGGUGCUCACUUACAGCUCCUACCGCCUCAGUGAUCUAAUUAUCAAGCACAGAUCUCCAUAAAUGAUUUGUCAGUUUGG